UACUGUACUGCAAGGCAAGCACUAGUAUAUGCCAGAAAUUUCGAUCUGUCAUGGCGGUGGGCCUUAGUAUCCGUUGCGCGCGCUCAUUGUCUGAUUCAGAAAGAUCCUACUUCCCAGUGAUCGCUUCAAAAAUAUUGUAAUGCCACGCCUGAAUUGCAUACGUCGUCUGUUACCCACCUACGUUUUUCGAAGACGUCGUGCUUGGGAGCCUUAAUGGACAAGUUGAAGAGAAUAAAACUGCGUGAACUAUUCCCGCGGAAAAGAUUCAUUUCCGUCCUUCGGCAUCAAGCCGAAUGUGUGGCCUGAAGUCGCCAAGCUCCACCGUUGGUGUGUUGUGAAUGCUAGUGAGAGAUGAGAUUACUUCCGGCAUUCCGUUGCUAAAGAAGAGAACGGCCCGCCGUGUCCGGCCUGUUCACUUACCUCGUGAACCUUGGCACCUUCGUACAAGUGACAAAACUUCAACAUAUCAUGGGUUCUCGCCACGACCACGGUACAUCCGCGGAAAUUCAACCGAAGAAGCAAAAGAAGUCGAAGUCAAAACAUGAAAAUCGAGCGUGAGGGAGAAGGAACGUGAAAUGAUCGUCAGAAGAGGCACAAACAAAAAAGCUUCUCGACAUCACCGAAUCAUCCGACGUGGUCUCCGAAACAAAUUUGGACCAACUACUCCAGCAGAAGGUGAUUAUUCUUCUAUUGUUUCUUCCCUGAAAUGCUAUCCAUAUGCCGUAUUCACACGAAUAUGAGUAUUUUUUUUCGAUGCAUCGAAAAAUCAGUUCAAGUCUUCAUAUAUAGUUCAGAUUGUUCUAGAAAUAUCAAAUCAUUGACCGGCUCUCUCCAGAAAAGGUUCGUGUUUUAGCUCUUUUUACCCCGUUCAAACUGGAAUGAAUCCUUGCAUGGAACGUUGUAGUAUGCUCCUUUGGACUCACUUCCAUUUAUGCGUUCAGUUCAUGCUUGAAAGUGUUAAUGUGGUCUUCUCGAACGUAGCUUAGUUUGAUGCCAUCUCAACACGCUUUACCAGUUCAGUUGCAUGGAAAUACAGUACUACAAAUGUUUAUUAGCGUUUACGUUGAAGGACGUAAAAGUUCUGUUCUCGUUGAAUUGACCCUUUCCUAGUUUCACCUCGUCUCCAAUCUUAAUCUUUGUAUUGUGGGUCAUUUGUUGAUCGGUUCCCGCAAACGUACUAAAAUCGUGACCUGCGCUCAUGAUUUUUAAAUUUUAUGAACCAUCCAAUCUCGUUCAGGAAACCGAAAUGCAUGCCCCGUAGAAAUUCCGUGUGCGAUUCGGAUACCGGAACAAAUCCCUGGUCUGUUGGUGACCGGUGAUUCACGCCAGGAUCAGGAUGCAAGGAACUUGGGAGAACGUCGUGUUUGGAGUUUCACAUCACUUGGACAAAAGAAUGCCAUGUGCCGAAGAGGUGGAAUUGCAGCUUUGAAAUCGCCAAUGUCCAACGGAAACAUCGAAAAGGAAGUGAGACACUACCUGCAUGAUGAUAUCUCAUUGUGGACGCGAUGGAAUUCGAAUUCCAACUCCAAAUAGUGCUUCUGUUUCUUGUUCGUUCACAAUUUUUUUUUCACUGGAUCAGGAAUUUGGUCAAUUGUUUUCCAUUGAAACGAUUUUUUUUUUCAAGAUUUUUUCAAAGUUCACCAUUACAAUGAAUGAUUAUUCUCACCUAAACUUCUAGAAAUUAUUGGGGAAUGUAUACCUGCCUACGACGCGCACCCGCCUUUCCUCUCCAUUUUUAGGAAAGGGGCGCAAAUACGCGAGUUAGUCCGUCCGAUAAAUUUCCAGUGCGUGAUAUUCUAAAGUUCUUUACCGUUUGUCAAUGCCAUUGAGUUCCGAUUCUCCGGCGAUCGCUUAUUGUAUGCUGUAUUCAAGAAUUUUCAUUCCCUCCUAUCGCAGUAAUACAGUACAGGUAGUAGAAUUGAGGUGGUCGUGUUCGUGUGUGGCCUGCAUUUUAUACCAGCGAAAUCUUCCCGUUGUAAAUGUCUACGUGUUCGGUUCAGUUAGACGUCUUGACGCAUGCCAUAUUUAUCUGUUGCUUUCAACUCUUGUUGAAGAAUCGAAUGGCUCCGAAGCAUGAUCAAUACGUUUUUCGCUCGUCUUCAGUAACCGAUUUGUGUGCGCCGCUAUUUGAUAAAAUUACCUGAACUCAUUAGCGAUCAUUGCUUAAUUAGAAAAACAUCUAGAGUGCUAUUGCUGGUGGAAUAUUGAAGGGAUUCUGAUCAACGCGUGUGAACCCGCUUUGAACAUGAAGAAUAUCGACGAAAAGAAAGUGCUACAUGCUGAUCGGUUUCUUUGAAUGCUGCGUGAUUUGGAUAUCCCAAUAUCUUCUGCUGCAAAAGCCGGCUUUAAUGUGAUGCAUUCUAAAUGGAUUUCCGCAUUUUGAAGGACUAAUGAAACAUCAGAAGAUGAACGAUGCAUCGGAUAUCAAAAACUAGUGUCGGAAAGUUAACGUGGCGUGAAAAACUUGUGCCGUUCCAUUGUUUCGAAGAAGGAACGCGAUGUCGUGAAAUUUCUUCGCGGCAAGCAGGAAGUUCGCGAAAAAGAAUAUUCGCAGUUCCAAUACCUCAACAUAACCAUGAAACAACUCCGAGCAUGUCCAGUUUUGAGCCAGUUUCUCGCGCCGUUCAAGUGCACCAACCAGGACUCUACAUGAAGCAUCAAACGAUGAACGAUGCAUCGGAAAUUAAAAGAUGUAGUGAUGGCAAGUUAACGUGGCGUGAGAAACUGGCCCCUUUCCAAGCCUUUAAAAAAGGAACGAAAUGUCGCGAAAUUCCAUCGCGGCGAGUGGAAAGUUCGCGAAAAAGAAUAUAUGCAGUUCCCGUAGCUCAACAUCACCAUGCAACAACUCGGAGCAUGUCCAGUUGUGACCGGGUUUCUCGCGCCGUUCAAGUGCACCAACCAGGAUCUGCAGGAGAAAGGAGUUCUCAGCCCGAAGAACAAAUUCGUGGCGAAAUUUCUGCGAGGGAUCGAUCAAGAAGCCUCUCCAAACAGGAAAGAGUAACAGGUUCGGAAGAAAUCUCAAGGCUGCAAGAGAGAGCCAAAAGGCUCCGUAAAUUGGAUAAAUUGAAAAUGGAGGAAAAUCUGCGGAAGCAUGAAGAGAAUCGACAGGAAGCUCAAAUGCUCAAGUUGAUACCUACUAUUGCUGCAAACCGAAUGCGGGAUGCAAAAAUAGCAAGGAUCAGGAGAAAUGCGGAGUUACAAAAAAUACGUUUCGGCUCCCAUCGUGACCCUGACAAGUUUGAGAGUGACUCGAGUGUGUGAUUUUUGCAUUGAUUUCGUUCUGGUCUUGUUCUAGCUUCUGAUAUUUUUUUGUCUAUGAAACGAUUCAUUGUCACAAGAUAGGCUUUUUCCAGCUCACCCUUCUAGAAAAGCAAAAAAGUGUACAGGAGACGUUAGUAUUUUUGGUAUGUUCUGUACACAGGUUUGUGUUUUUCACCUUAUUGCUCAAAAAAUUCAUAUAUUGAAUGCACUGAUCACAAAUUUUUUCUAUGAAUGCUUCCCAGUAUCAGACAACCUUUGUUCCCAGCCAGGAGUCACCUCUGACUCUCUGAGGGUCAUAUCUUGUUGAUUUGGAAGUGCUGUAUGUAGAGAAUCGCUAUUAAUUUUCAUACAUGUCAGAGAAAAGGUUGAAGAAUAUCUGGAAUUUUAAUGCAGCUUCAGACUUUGUUGAAAGCACAGAGGCAGAAAAAACUGCGUGCCCAAAACUAUGUAAUAGACAGCUGCUGACUCAGCUCAUUACUGAGGCAAUCCCACAGGAAAUGCUUUACCUUUUAUUCUCUGAGAAGCUACCAAGAAUCAAGCGAAAGAAACUUGAACCAAAAACACCCAUGCACAAACAGGAAACCAAGUACCUAUAGUCUGGAGAGCAUGGAAAACAAGUUAGGCUACAUUACACCAUAUCUGUAAUUUCUUUGCCCUUUGCUAUAGUGCAAUUCUCAAAGUUUGACCCGUGCUCUGCUUCCCCUCCUGCAGCCUUCAACAGGGAAUCGUAGGAGAAUAGUAAGCAUUCCUGGAUUUGGAUAAGAACAAGUUCUGAUCCAAGAAGUCACUGUCCCAGAAGAAUAAGCAGGAUCAAACUGGUCCCACCUGUUUGAUUCCAGAUAUGAAAGGAUUUCCUUCUACAGCCUUCUCCCUGACAGGAGAGGGUGAAAAGAACAUUUUAUCUAAAACUCCUUUCCUCCUUUGAGCAUAGGAACAUUUUUGAGGACUUGAAACUACCUCAGUCAGAAAUUAUCUGACCUGAAUUCUCCUGAUGCUCUGCUAAACUCAUGGCUAAAAUCUUUUUCUGUUUCUAAUUUCAUUCAAAUAAUCUCUGGCUCUCUGGGCUGUAAAUCAUGUCUGAAAAACGUGGAAUCAUUCAUAGAUUCUUGGGGAGAAGGUACUCCACCACCCCUCCCCCCCCAAAUAUCUCUUUAGCAGAUGCCAGUCCAUCCAAGUACAGUACAUUAUUUUAAUUAACUACAUAUUAUAGUUUUUCACUGAACAUUAACUCACGUUGCAUAAGAAUGCAUAAAGCAUCACCAUUUUCAAAGAAUGAGAAAUACUGUUACACAAUACUGAUAACCAACAACAGAACAGAAGGUGUCCUGUCUUUACCAGGAUCUAUAUUUUUUUAGUAAACAACUUGGAGAAAAAGGAAAUGAAGCAAACACUUGAUCCUGGUCCUUGAGAUUUGAGAGUGUUUGUCAUUAUCAGAUCAUAGGACAAUCAUUGAAAGAGCUCAAAUUGAUGAUAAUCUUUGGGUAUGAGGUUUACAUUGCCAGUCAAUCAAGAGGAAUUCUGUUGCAUGACAUUCAGAAUAUUCUUCAAGAACAAGAAUGUACAACAAUACACGUGGAAAGAUCCUUCUCAAGUUUUUUGCAUUUUUUCUCACUCUCAAUGGACAUCUGUCUCAAUGGAGACAGAAGCCUUUUCACAAUGACUUCUGUGGUUUCUUUCUGAAAUCUCAUGUGGAAGUUGUGAAAAGGAACAGAAAUUGCACUGUUUUUAUUUCAAAGGUGAAGCUAAUAUUAUUUCCCAUAAGACAAAUAAUUAUGACACUAAUGGGACACAUAAUUUGAGUGAUUCAGCUACUAAGCCUUCUUCAAUGUUGGCCUCCUGCUGUGGAUCUAUGAAUUUCAACACUGCUUGUGCUGACUUACCAAUGCUUCUCAUAUAAUGUUGGAUUCACUGAUCUCGGGCUGUUUCUCCUUCUUGCCUAGCAUCACAGUCAAGAAAAUUUUCCUUGUCAAGGAAAAACUACUGUGAGCAGAUUCCUCUCAUCAAAUUAGUUUUCUUUUCUCGACUGUGGACUGCUCUGAUGAAAUUUAUUCGACCUUGAAUAUACUUUUCCUUUGUCCUUCAAUGCCUUAUGAAAUAGAAUAAGACAGCCUUGUCUAUUCUCGCUAAUGUGUUCAACCUGCAAUGCCAUGCUUUAAAAUCAGAACUGCUGUUGGUUCUGGGGAGUCAAUCUUUUGUGCACUGAUGAACAGACCAUGUUUCUGGCUUAUGUAGUAGUGAUACUCUGCCUCUUCCUUUCCAUUGUCCUACAUAUUACAAUACUUCUGUAUGAUCAGUGGGGUAAGUCUUGUGUCAACAAAGCUUUUCAAAAGCUUGUUGACACAAGGAGGACAAUGUUACAUUGUCCUCCGUGUAUGCAACAUUUCCUUCAGUCUUUUGCAACCUUCUCCUUAGAAUUUGAGAGAAAUGGAAAAGACAGAGGCCAAUAUUUGUGUCACAAAAGGUGUCCAGGAAGCCCUUGCUGAAGCUUUUUCCAGAUUCAAGCCUAGGUUUGUGGUUCUUGGGUAGAGUAUGGUUUAAUGCACUGAAGAGGAAUGAGUAUGAUGCUUGGUUCUUUCUUGCCAUCAUUUUAAUGAGUCCAAAAGAGACUUGAACUUGUAAUUCAUAGGGAAUUGAAUACAGUUGCAGGACCAGCUUUAUGGCCUUCUUGAAUGUGUCAUCUGGAUACCAAGUGGAGCUCCUUGCCAUUUCCCUCAUGGUCCUCUGCCUCACAAACAAGAUAAUCAUGUCUGGAUCUUCUUCCCCUAAAUCAUACAUCAACACUUUUUCCUCCAUUCAAUUUGGUAUAUUCUCCAGGGUAUGUGCCCAGAUGAUUUGAACUUGAUGCAGUGAUGGACACUUUCCCUCUUUGCUCCCCUUGGUCAGUUUUUUCAAGGCUCCACUUGGAGAUACCAGUGUUUUUGCAAAAUAUGAUUUUUGAGGAUUAGAAGUUCCUUAACAAAAGAAGUGAUCAAAAUUGAAAGGAAAUCACAAAAAUUGACUUGGUACUGGCUAGGAGCCUUACUGGGUAGAAUUUUGAAGGAGAAAAAAGUGGCUGGUUUGGAUAAAAAAAGGAGUGACCUCAGCAAAUGCACUGAGGCAAUUGCAAGGGGCCAUGAUCAUUUUGUGAGGGCUGCGUGGUGUUUCAUAACCUCUGGUGGGAAUUUACUGGCAGCCAAAGUUAGAUACCCAAAAAGAAAAACGGGGAACGUGGUGGAACCGUAGAGAAGUAUCAGAAUUUACUAUUGAAGGUUUGGUUGGCAUUUUUUUGGGUUUCGCGCACAGAGUAAAGGAGUACGUGAUUUCCGCACGCGUCAGGCAAAACUUAAUUGCGUCCUUCAAGAGGAACAUUUCGAUUUUUAUGAAGUGUUAUGUAGACCAUUGUUUCCCAACCCAAGGUCUGCAGACCUGCACAUGGUCCGCAGAUUUGUAUUUUUUAUUUUUGCAGGUCCAGGGGAUAUUUUUUAAUUCAUUAGAAGUAGCAAUGAAGUCUGUUAUCUUUAUUGAAAAUUUUGGAAAUAAAAUGUCAGUUGAAAUUAUCUUAUGAAAAUAAAAGUUGGCUAUUUCCAGGAUAAAGCUUCAGACAAAUUUUCUCCUGCUGAAAUAAAUUAUUUUAAUUUUUCAUUCUGAAAAACCUUUCUAUUCAAACCAACCCUUCUUAUUUUUUGAAGACAUUCCACUGUAGCUGCUUCAUAUUGGUUCUUGACAUAAUUUUUGAAGCAGAAAGUUUUUAAAUAUCUUCUAGAAAGUCUUACAAAACAAAACUGUUUUGCAUGUGCAAAGAAUUUUAUGAAACUCGGCAUAUAUUUUUUUCAAUUUGCCUGUCCGCGGUCCCCAAAAGGUUGUGGAACACUGAUGUAGACCCCAAAAUCGUGAAUUUUCCAGUGAUAAAAUCAAGAAUAAAAUCUGGUCUCAAAAUUUGUUUGAUCUUCAACGACCCAAACCAUUCGUCUCCGGAUUGCCAAAUUUCUUCCGCACGGCGUCCUUAUCGGAGAUACUUCAUUUUUCCGCUGCGACCAGCAAGCGAAACCCGAAGUAAUCCCACCAGCAAAGCGUUUAAUCAUACAAUUUAUCCUUUCAAUCAAUUUGAAAAUGGAGAAAGCCAGAUAGAGACCAGCAGCCCCUCCGAGAUUGGAAAACAUUUGAAAUGCCUUUCAGGAAGAUAACAGCAAAAUGAUUAAGUGCACUAUAAUCGCAGCAGAAAUGAAUACCAAAGACUAACGUCAUAUUUCGGCACCUCGGUGAUGACGUUUUGCUGCAGUGUUCGGAAAUACACGUUGAUUUUAGUGAAUUCACCGGCUGCGUGUUCGCCAUUUCCAGUGAAAAUGUCUUCGCUCAUGUUCAGCAUUGUCUAAAUAUCUCAAAAUAGAAAUUAAUCCACAUCCUUUGAGAAAAGUACUGCAUGCUAAAAUUGAUACCUUGGACAGUAGCUCAUUUGUGAACCGCCAGUCUGUGCUUGAAAUUACUUCGUCAUACAACUCAUCCCUGCACACAAUAUGACAAUCAAUCAAAAUCCCAUUGAGUUAUGGUAACAUAGCCGUCAAAUUUGUUCUACAUACGUGCAUGGGAGUUCGCAAGAGCAGUAGAAUCCGUGAUUAUUUACAGCUCGUUUGACUGCUUCAUUGUAACAUCGCCAUUCUUCCUCUGGGAAUUUGUUCAAACAUUUUUAUUGCUGAACAAAAUUGAUAUAUCUUUAAAAAAAACGUACCUGAAUUGAAAUCACACAACUGGGAGUUGCGAUUGUAUUCCACACCAUCAUGAAAGAAUGGUUCCAUCACGGUGUAUUCACUGCAGUUGCAGUACGUCAUCAAGACAAAAUUCCAGCAAGGAAAUCUGCAUUGCUUAAAAAAAAACCGCC